UAAACCUCUCUACCUCUACCUCUCACAUCAGGGCCGAGCACGCUCAGUCACGCUCAUCCUCACAUCCUGUUUACGUCAGGGUCAUGAUCAUCAUCUCACCUGCUGAUCACAUGACUGUGGAUCAGCUGGAACAUGACAGGUCCACUGUGUGUGUGUGUGUGUGUGUGUGUGUGUGUGUGUGUGUGUGUGUGUGUGUGUGUUCAGGGACUUUGCCUUUGUUGCAGGUGAUAAGGACAGCUGUGUCCUCAAGUGUCACGUGUUUCGCUGCAACGCUCCGGCUAAAGCCAUCGCCACGGCGCUGCACGAGAUGUGCUCGAAGGUCAGUGUGUCGGCGAAACGUCCCACGUCUGUUUGAAUCAGUCAGUCCGUUUCCAUGACAACCGAGAAAACCGAAUUAUCGCCUUAUUCCGAUUAAGACCGGACAACUGAAGGUCAUGUAAACACCUUAGUGUGACUAUAAUCAGAGUUUGGAAUUCGAUUUUCUCUACCAUGUAACCAGCGUAGUCAGAGUAUGUUGCCACGCCCCCGUAACCCCGUAACAAACCCCAGAGUAGAGGAGUAGCGUUGGUCUCAUCUUUAGAAAAAGUAGCGCGUCCAUCAUGUCGGACAAAAACAACGCUGUACGAUGCUCCAUCUUCUUGUUUCUCCAAAAUGCCCAGCAGCAGUUGUAGACACUUCUGACGUCUGACACCGACCUGCUGUUGUUGUUGACGGUUGGAUGGGGUCGGAAACAGCGCCGCUGAAAAGACCCAUAUCGCCCCCUAGUGUUGGGGAGGAGGACACGUUCACGUCAAUAAUUCAGUAGAGAAGUCUGAUUCAGAGAAAAAGACGAAUUAUGAGUUUAGUCCGAUCUGUCCGAGAACAGACCGGAGAAGGAGAAGAAGAAGAAGACGUAGCUGUAGUUUUCUUCGUCUCAUUGUGACCUUCAUACGACUCCAACAUUUGGACGGACUCUUGUUCUGUAACUUCGUGACCUUCAGGUCCAAACUCGGGUUCAGCUGAGACUGACCGCCGUCUUUCUGUCCACAGAUCAUGAUGUCAGAGAAGAUGGUGAGACCAUCUCGCUCGCUGACCAUGGACAGUAUCUCACCUGAAGACCUGCCCAGACAAGGUGACCCAUCUGUCCUGCUCUGUCCUCACCUGCAGCUCUCUGAUUGGUCUUCUGAUGACUCCUCCCCCUUUCUGUUUCAGUGGAGUUCCUGGAGGCGGUCCGGAAGCAGGUCCAAAAGUUUGAGGUCCAGUACAUCGGAAACCUGCCGGUCUCCAGAGCCAUGGGUAGACUGAGUCCAAACCUGAACGCACCAUCGUCCCGCCCACGACCGCUGAGAACGCACUGAUGGUGAUUCUGUGUGUGUGUGUGCGUGUGUGCGUGUGCGUGUGCAGGUAUGGAGGUGUUGAACAGAGCCAUAGAGAGCAUCAUGAACUCCACAGACAGAGACGAGUGGGAGCCCGCCGUCAUCCACGUCACCGACAACAUCCUGUCGCUGUGGAAGGGGGAGGUACGCCAUCUUUAAAAAAAAAAAAAAGGUUAAUCCACGAGGUCAAAGGUCAUCAACCUCACUCUGUCUAUCUGAUUGGCUCUUGACAGGAGGGGGAGGAGCCUUUCUGGGAGUGUCAGGUCCGUUUCCUAACCUUCCUGGGCGUUGGUCAUGACAGCCACACCUUCGCUGUGAUCGUGGACGGCGGUACGCAACGCUUCGAGUGUCACGUGUUCUGGUGUGAGCCGGACGCAGGGAUCCUGUCUGAGGCGGUCCAGGCUGCCUGCAUGGUGAGUCCCAGAACCAGAAUCAGAACCGGGGCUGGAGCAGGGGGGCUAACCCUGACCCCCGAUCUCCACCUCCAUCCUGAUCGUCUCCUAAAAGGUCGUAUCCUCCGAUCGUAGCUGAUCGUAACCAUUCAAGUUAACGUGUCGAUUUACACCGACUUCUUUCCGUUCCUCUGAGGAUCGCCGGACUCCUCAGCUGAUCACAAGAGUUCUAUUUUUUCUGGACGCCGGAGCAUGGCGGAUAAAUUCAGCACAGAUUAACCCGUGCUGGAAAGGAAGUCGGGCACAGACACAAAAUAAAACAUCCGGCUUCUUUUCAAAAUAAAACACCUGGCUUCUUUUCAAAAUAAAACACCCGGCUUCUUUUCAGAAUAAAACACCUGGCUUCUUUUCAGAAUAAAACACCCGGCUUCUUUUCAGAAUAAAACACCCGGCUUCUUUUCAGAAUAAAACACCUGGCUUCUUUUCAAAAUAAAACACCCGGCUUCUUUUCAGAAUAAAACACCCGGCUUCUUUUCAGAAUAAAACACCUGGCUUCUUUUCAAAAUAAAACACCCGGCUUCUUUUCAGAAUAAAACACCCGGCUAUGAGGCGUCUCGGUAUAACGCUGCGUCUGAGUUUCCUUGGAAGCCCAGGGUCCGAGCUGAAAAUGACGUCACACCCGAGUUCCCAGCGUUUCAGUUACCAAGUCGGAAAAAAACGAAAUCGGAGACCUGAGAGAAGACGGCGACGUCUACGAACGUUUUUUUAGCUCUUAUAUUCCGACGAGCUAAGCGCUAAAAUAACUUAAAUUUCACGUCAUUUUCAGCUCAGACUUCUGUCGUCCGAGGAAACUCGAACGCAGCGUGACACUUUCUCAUCUCCCGCUGUUGAUUGUUGAUGACAUCACUUCCUGUCUUACAGGUUCAGUACCAGAAGUGUCUGGUGGCACAGACUCCUCCCCCCAGGAGCAAGUCAUGGCGUGCGACCCCAUCAAAGGUCAAACGGGCCAAUUCGAUGGACGGGGCCGCCUUCCCUCCUCUUUCGACCUGUUGCCAUGGCAGCAGUAGCAGCAGUCACGGCGCCAUGAUGGCGCCCAGGAUCACCAAAGGCAUCGGAAGCAGCAGCAACGUGAGGAAGGGAAUGUUGGCGUUCUUUGAAACUUUCCGGAAUAAACAGGCCGCCACUUCCUAAUGACUGAGGGCGGGGCCACCAGGGACACGUGUCAGAGAAGACCGCCAGUCCUCCAGGACUCUAACACAUCAACGAAGACUCGGACGGCGUCUCAGCACACAAAUGGGGUUCUGGUGGUCCUGACUGUGCCGCCUUCACAUCACCAGCGACGCCCUGAGACCACAGCCGCCUACUUCCUGUCUGGAACACCUCUGUUUGGCGUAGCUUAGCAUCACAGUGCUAGCUAACCGCCUGCUGGUUGAACAACAUGAUCGGACCCAACAGCUUCUGAAGAACCACGACCAGAACCAGGAACUAUUAACGGAGAAUCGAACUGCAAACAGGUCACACUUGAUCACAUGACUGAUGGACCGACUGGCGGGUUACUAUCAUACUCUACUCAGGAUCGCCAACAGAAGAGCAGAAAGGAGACGUGAGCGAUGGUUCAGAGCUAGCUAACUCCUCCUCAUCAUCAUCAUCAGCUGAUUACUCUGUAAGGUCAUGUGACCGUGAGACCCCCCCGAACUUACCAAUCAUAAGAAACAAAGAGCUAAUGCUAGAGCUAAUGCUAGAGCUAAUGCUAGUGGUAACAUUGAGAUGAUGUUAUUGCUAAUGUUAAACUAACGUAGGAGCUAAAGUUAGCGGCAACGUUGAGCUAACGGUAGAGCGAAUAUUGGGCUAACUUUGAGCUAACAUUCGAGCUAGCGUUGAGCUAACAUUCGAGCUAGCGUUGAGCCGUAGAGUGAUAGGGCGGAGCGAUGUCUUGGCUGGAUCAGAGUCCGAUAUUAUCCUGUUAUGUUCCUGCUUCAUAUUUAGAGAUUUAUCAAAACUGCACUGACAGAUUCUGACCAUUAGGGGGCAGAGAUCGAAAUGCCUGCUGAUGUGACGUUUACUGACCUACCUGUCCUUGUGUAGGACGUUACCAUGGUAACUUCUUUUAAAAAGAGAGAACAAACGGCUGAAAUGAGGGACUUCAUUUCAGUCAUGAAGUGUAUUAUCACCUCGGCCACAGGGGGCGCUAAAAUCAACCCAUAUUCAAGGUGAUAUAUUAUUUUCCUAUCAGCUGAUAUCGAUCAAUAUCAGGAUCUAAAAAUCUAACAGUGUUUAUUGGUCUCAUGUCUUUUCAAUAAUCUCCUGCAUCUGUGAGGUCUUUGUGUCUCUUUGGCGUUUUGUCGUAAGGCGUCGCUCUAGAGAAAGCCGACUGAAUGGUCGUCUGUUUCAGGCGCCAUGGGCUCCUCGCUCCUCUCGGGGUUUGUAACCUUUUGCGUUGCGCGUGCUCUGUGGCGUGGCGCUGCUUCAGGUGGUGAAAAAGAUUUGAGGUAUUCCCCGACUUUGUGAGAACAUGUACUCGACAUAAUUUACAGUCCACAUUACUCUGCUUCAUGUCCGACCUCCAAAAACCAAAAUACCUCCACACCACCGACGUUUUCCUAACGCCAGUGUUGUGGUUGACAUUGAUGUGGUCAUCUGUUGAGCCUUCAUGGUCAUUUCUGUCGGGGGUAGCACUCAUUUUCUUUGUUUCUCACCAACAGUGCUGUCGGCUUCACCUGUUAAAGUGCUAUGGUUGGGUGGAGCUGCUGUCUGCUACGACGCUGCAGUUGGUUGAUACUUGGUUCUAAUUCAGAACAUGAUUGGUUCAGACCCGGAGAAACUCCCCUUUUCAUUGGCUGUUCAUAAAGUCUACCAGAAAAUGCCAGAAUGACGACUAUUGAAAAGCAUAUUGAUCAUGUUUUAUAUUGAUAUUGAAGGAAAUUAAUUUUUGAUCGUUAUCACUUAAUCGCCCAGCCCCACCUUUGCCCCCUGAUGGACAUUAGAGGAAACACGGGUUAAAAGGUUCUUCCUGUGAAUCUAUCGGCCUUGAAGGAAGAGUCCGUCUUUGGUCGCUCUCUUUAACACGUCAUUAGUGGGUCAGUAAACGCCUCACAGACAGAGUUCAGGUCUUUUAUUUUGGUGACAGUUUAAAAACUGUUCAGCAGUUUGCAUGUCAGGCACGAAUGGCAGCAUGGAGGGUCAUUAAAGAAAUCCUGGAGACGACUGAACCGAGCGCUUCCUGUUCCUGAACGUUUGAUCCAAAAUAUUUAACCCACAGAAAACAUGCCUGGUUUUAAAGGGACAGAAAAGCUGCAUCCUGAUUGGCUGAAUCACCUGUAGAUAGAAGCUUUAGCGUGUUUAAUGUGCGUAGGAGAUAUCGGUGAGACGUCUGCAACAGGAAGUGAUGUAACGGUUGUCACAGCCGUUUCCUGUGUGAACAUCUGCAGCACAAAACGAACCAAUGAUGUCAUGUAGAGAAGAACCAAAAAUAAACUCAAACAAAAACUCA